AUGUCUUAUAACGGGAUUGGACUCCAGACACCACGAGGCAGUGGCACUUCGGGAUAUGUCCAGAAGAACCUUGCUGAUAAGAAGUACCAGGGUUACAGGAAGAAAAGAGAGAGAGAACAGGAGGACGAAGAAAGGAGAGAGGCCAGGGCUAAACAGAUAAGAUCUAGAAGACUGGCUGGUGGAGAGAUCAAGGAACAUGAUAGAAAGAGACGCAUAGAGCUUAAGUGUGCUGAGCUACGAGACAAGUUGGAGGAUGAGGACGAGGAGGAUGACGUUAUAGAGAAGAAGGUGGCUGAACUACGAGAGAAGCUCACCAAGGACACUACGGAGCACAAGGAGGCAGCCCAAGUGGUGGAUGGAAAUAAGAAGAACAGGGUGGAGGAGUUGGAAGAGACAGAGGGCAAGGAGGAUGGUAAAAAGGCCGAGUCGCCUAAAGAAACUCCACAGUCAGACUCCAAACAGCCAUCAUACAGCUACGUCCCCAGGUACGGUGAUCGAUGA